AUGAGUAGUGGUACAGAGUCGAUAGACCAAGAUGACUAUGCUAUUGAAGACGAGAAUGAGUUGCUAAUGCAUAACCAAAAUACGCUUCCAAAGAACUGCAAAAAAUACUGGAACAAGAGAUAUAGUUUGUUUAGUAAAUUCGACGAGGGCAUUUACAUGACAGCAGAGCUUUGGUUUUCCGUCACCCCCGAGGAUAUUGCCAUAUAUACCGCCCAGUUAGUACUGGAAAUCAUGCCUGAGUGUCGUAAAGUGUUGGAUAUAUGUUGUGGUGGCGGUGGAAAUACUAUACAAUUCGCCAACUAUUUUCCUAGUGUUGGGUCAAUCGACAUCAAUCCGUCCAAUAUGAAGUGUACUUUGCACAAUGCACGUGUGUAUGGUGUGGAAGACCGUAUCUGGUCCAAAGUAGGCGACUGGAACCAAUUCAGUCUGGUUUUGGCUGACGGAUCGCCAAAUCAGCUGUGGAUCCCUCCCCACCUACGCAAUGUCAAAACCCCUUCAGCCAUUUUUGACUUCGUGUUUUGCUCUCCUCCAUGGGGCGGUCCUUCCUACAAAGACACAAACGGAUUCGACGUGUACAAUAUGCAGCCGUUUCCCAUCGACCAAUUGUGCCAUCAAGUCAUGCAAUACACCCAGAAUUUCGGACUCUUUCUUCCCAGAAGCACCAAUCUUGACCAGCUCAGACGCUUGACCACCGAUAUAUAUGGACAAUCGGGUAAAUGCCGUAUUAUCUUCUUGAACAUCAACGGUUAUUGCAAGGGUCUACUUGCGCUCUUUGGUCCUUCUGUUUCUGCGGAUUUAGUCGACUGUCACUCGUUUCUUCCCGAAGAACAGUACAGCGAAUACUAA